AUGGCCUCGAGCGCGCCUCCCCGUCCGCCCGUCUCGCGCUCGUCCUCCAGAGGUGAUCUGCGCGGCGCAGGCGGUCGCUCGCCGACGACGCCCAGCGCACCGACACCUGGACAGGGCAACAGCAGCAACAACGGUGACAAACCGGCCGACUAUGUCUAUUUCGACCGCACUACGUCGGGCUUUUCUGACGACGCGGUGCCGAGAGCUAAGACGGCGCAGCUCAAGCUUGAGCACUUCUAUAAGAUCGCUGUCGAAGCUGCCAUUGAGCGUAACACCAGGAGGGUAGAAGUUGAGAGGAAGAUCCAGGGAGACCCGUUGAUGCCGGACGAGAGGAAGCAGAGGUUGUUGCACCAGCAUGGGAAGAAGGAGUCCACGUUCUUGAGGUUGAGGAGAACGAAGCUCGGUCUGGACGAUUUCAGGACGGUCAAGGUCAUUGGUAAGGGUGCUUUUGGUGAGGUACGGCUGGUGCAGAAGACGGACACGGGGAAGAUAUACGCCAUGAAGACGCUCAAGAAGGAAGAGAUGUUGAAGAAGGACCAGCUCGCCCACGUCCGCGCCGAACGCGACGUCCUAGCCGAAUCCAACUCGCCCUGGGUAGUCCAGCUCUUCUACUCCUUCCAAGACCCCUCCUACCUCUACCUAAUAAUGGAGUUCCUCCCCGGCGGCGACCUAAUGACGAUGCUCAUCAAAUACGACACCUUCUCCGAAGACGUCACGCGCUUCUACAUGGCCGAGUGCGUCCUCGCCAUCGAGGCCGUGCACAACCUCGGCUUCAUCCACCGCGACAUCAAGCCGGACAACAUCCUCAUCGACAAAGACGGCCACGUCAAGCUCUCCGAUUUCGGACUCUCGACGGGCUUCCAUAAGAAGCACGACUCGUCGUAUUAUCAGAAGUUGUUGGAUCAGGCUACCGGGGCGGGCACACCGGUCUCGGCGACGCAGGCGGCGCGGAAUAGUGUGAUGGUCAACGCCAUCAACCUCACUAUGACGUCCAAAGACCAGAUAGCGACGUGGAAAGCCAACCGGAGGAAGCUGGCGUACUCGACCGUUGGAACGCCCGACUACAUUGCGCCGGAGAUCUUCAUGCAGCAGGGGUACGGCAACGAGUGCGAUUGGUGGUCGCUCGGCGCUAUCAUGUUCGAGUGUCUGGUCGGGUACCCGCCGUUUUGCUCGGAGACGACGCAUGAGACGUAUCAGAAGAUUAUCAACUGGCAGAGGUACCUCGUCAUACCCGACGACGUGCACCUCUCGCGCGAGGCGGAGGACAUGGUCAAGCGAUUGAUCACCUCACCCGACCGCCGCCUAGCCGUCGAGCAAAUCAAACAGCACCCCUUCUUCUACGGCGUAGACUGGGCGUCGAUCCGACACAUCGACGCGCCCUUCGUCCCGCGCUUACGCUCUAUCACUGAUACCUCCUACUUCCCCACCGACGAGCUCGACCAGGCGCCCGAGGAACCCGUCGCGGCCGACGCGGGCGGCGCGAAUAAGGAUCUGGCGUUCUUGGGGUACACGUUCAAGCGGUUCCAGAUAUCCGAGCGCUCGAUCUAG